AUGCCGUGGAGAAUCCUACCAAAGUCACUAACAGCAUGGCUGACCCUGAAGGAUGAGGAAUUCCACGAACAUGUCGGAGAUUUCGAGGGCGCCCAGAAAGCCCGGGCGCGACUGCAUUUCCAGGGUGAAGCAAAGCAGCUGGGCCACAUGGAAGCGCUAAUCCGCAACGACAUCGACCUAAACUUCGCCAUCCAGCGCGAGGCGGCUCUCCAGACCGAGCUCGAGACCCUCUCCGCCAAAAAGAAACUUCCAGCGAUCUUCGAGCCCGCGGACGCCACCACCUCGGAGAAGAUCCGCUCUCGCAUCCAGACCACCGAGGCCGAGCUGCGGACCCUGAACGAGACGAUCUGGCGCUUGACGCGCAGGACGCACGCGGUCCUGCGUCAGUUUCCAGAGGGUCCCCUGCUGCGCGCGCUGAAGGCCAACCGAGCCAGCACGCGCUGGCACAUGGCCCCGCUACUCAAGGAGGACUGCGUCGGUCGCGACGGAUGCUGCGCGCGCAUGUGCGGCUGCUGUACCAAGCCGAGAAGCGCGGCCCGCUUGAAGAAGGGACACUGUACGUCCGCCUGCGCGUGUUGCGAGCGCGCUCGCGGGUUUGCGGUGGAACGAGAGGAGAGCUGGGAGCCGACGCGCAUCGCCUUUGCCGAUGGCCUGGACGGGUGCACAGAUUAUAUGCAGCGCCUUAUGCUGGCCUAUUGCUUUGGGUUACGUGGGACACGGCGUUACAACAUUGUGGAAUGUAAGCAUUGA